AUGAAUGAGAAUAGUAAUAGCAACAUGAUCAACAUAAAUAACAAUAAUAACAAUAAUAAUAGCAAUAACAAUAGUAACAUCUUCACAAAUUCAACUACAUCACUGUCAUCGAUGACAAUGAUGAUGAUGAACAAUGACAAUAAUAACAACAACAACAAUAAUAAUAGCAAUAGUAAUCUAAAGAAGAGAAAGAAAGAAGGUGAAAAGGAUAGCACUAUUAAACAACAGAUAACACUACCAAUGGUUCAUAAUCCAUUCCAAUCAUCACCUACAUUGCUCAACACCAAGAAUGAUAUAUCGAGCUUCAUCAUCUUUCAACAUCAACAUCUACAAAGCAAUGGAACCAGUCACAUCCACAACACUCUACUACAACCACAACAACUACAUCAUAAUACACUACUAUCAUCUAAACAACAACAUGAACAACAACAUCAACAACAACAACAACAACAACAAAACAAUCAAUCAGGAUCAGAAUCAACAACAACAACAUCAUAUCAAAGUAACAAAAGACAUCAAUUUCAAAACAAAGAAGGCUCAGUCAAGUAUCAGUCCAUUCAACCUGUUGAACCAAAGGAGAUACGCUACAGUGAACAGAUAAGACUGUCGCUGAAGGCACCCGAGUGGAGAACACAGCUGAUGCCAGAGUUUGACAAGCCUUACAUGCGAUCGCUGCUGGACUUUCUCGACACCGAGAAGGAGACGGGCAUCAUGCUGUGCCCUCCCGUCGACAACAUAUUCAAUGCGUUUAACCUGACCGACUUUGGCGAUGUCAAGGUCGUCAUACUCGGCCAGGACCCACCACACGGCACCUACCAAGCGAACGGCCUCUCAUUCUCGGUGGGUCCCGGACCGAUCACCGCGGCACUCACCAACAUCUUCACGGAGCUCCAGAGCGACCUGGGCGUCUGCAAGAAGGUGUCCCACGGCGGCCUCGAGCAAUGGGCUCGCCAGGGCGUCCUCCUGUUGAACACCUGUCUGACGGUGCGCAAGGGUGUGCCAGAGUCACACAGCAACAAGGGUUGGGAGCAGUUCACCGACGUUGUCAUCAGCACGCUCAGUCGUGUCCGCACUGGAAUCAUCUUUUUGCUCUGGGGCAAGCAGGCUCAACAAAAGGCGUCACUGAUUGACGGUGAACGACACACUAUUCUCACGGCUUCGCAUCCUUCACAGUUCUCUGCGGCCAAAGGAUUCUUUGGAUGCAAACACUUUAGCAAGUCAAACAAUAUAUUAGUUCAAUCUAAACAGAUACCAAUAGAUUGGGAUCUUGAUAUCAUCAAUAGUAACAAUAACAACAACAACAACUCGAUUACAACAGCAACAACAACAUCAACGACAUUGGACAAUCAUAACGUUCAAUCAAAGAACAGACAACAUACUUCUACCUCUUCAUCAUCAUCUGCGACAUUGACAAAUUAG